AUGAUAACUAAUCAUCCAGCUUAUCCAAAAAAAGAGAUUGAUAAAUAUUAUUUGCAAACUAAAUUGCCAGAGUAUUGACUUUGUUAAUGUAGAUAUCAAACAGUUCCUAUGAAUGAACAUUAAAAAAAAACCCAUGACUAUUAUAAUGAUAAUACACAUAUUUGGAAUAAUCCACAUCAAGCUAAAUCAAAUGCAAAGGUUUUUAAAUAAUUAAAAGAACAACAUGACAAAGGUGAAAAGAGAAUUAAGAAAUUGUAAGAGAUGGAAUAGAAAGAGAAAUAAGUGUUACAACAUAAUAAAAUAAUAUACUAUAAUAUGGCAAGAGAAGAGGAUCUAAUGAGAUUGCAAUAACGAAAAUUAGAAAGAGGUAGUCUACAAAACUUAAGUUCACAGCGCAAUGAUGUUCAAGUAGAUACAAUUUCUGUAAAGCCAAUCCUUUCAAGAACAGCAUUACUGGGUCGACCAGAUCAUCUAUGGAACAAACUGAAUUAACAAUCUUAAAAAUAUGUUAAUCUAUUAAUCAACCCAAAGAUUUUAUAAAUGGAAGAAUAAGGAGUAAAGGCAAUAAGUGAUAAAAUCUAAAAGGAUUUGGAAAUUGAAUAAAUAAAAGAGGAGUUAAGAAUACAGAAUAUGGAACAUAUUAAAUAGUAAAGUACACUCAGAAGAAUGACUAAUCUUGAAAUGGAAUAAAGAAGUGGUAUUUUACCUUCCAGAUUAAGUUUAUAAAGAGUAGCAACUGCUUAAACAAAUUGUAGACAACCUAAAGACGUUAUAGAAUCUACUUUGUAAUAAUUGGAACAUUAAUAGUAAUCCUAAACUAUCCAAUAAUUACAAAAUUAAAUAAUGAAUUCAGCCUAAUAUAAUUAGACAAGCAGACCAUAUACAGUUGGAAGUGUAAGAUAAUUUAUAAUUAUUUAAGGAUUUUAAUUCAAUUUCAUUCAAUGCUGGAUAAGCAACUAAAAAUGAACAACAAAAUAAUCCUAAUCAAAAUCAAACAGCUCCAAUUUUUUUGGUUAAUAGGUAUUAAAUUAUAUUUAUUUUAGUCAAAAAUCAAAAUCUGUAUCUACACUUUCUCACAAGCAUCCACUUGAUAGAACAGAAUUUAAAGGAUUGUUAUUAGCAUAAGCAGUUGAAUAAGCUGAGAGUAAUUUUAGUAAAACCCUUAAAGCCAAUAGUUCUUUAUUAAAAGAAACUUCGAUUCACCUCACAAGGAUUAAGUAAUCGAUGAUUCCCAAAAAAAGAAUAUAAAUAAAAUGUAAUAACAACUUUGAGUAAAAUAAAAAUGAUCAAAAUGAUUUGUAGAUUGUAAACAACAUGUUGGACAGUUUUGAAAGGAAACUGUAUCGACCCAACUAUUUCGAUGAUGAGAAUUUGUGA